ACAUUUAAAACUUGCUGCACCUCUGGUAACAUUAGCUUUCAACGACAGUCGCCUGUUUGGUUUAUAUUAUUUUAUCUUUUAAACUUGCCGGGUUAAAUUGGGGGGUUUGCGUUGCAAUGUUGUCUGUAGCCAUGUCGUCAAUGGAAGCACAAAGUCUGCCGCUUCCAGAGACUGAUAACCCCUUAAAGAUGAGUAAACCAUUAGCAGUUGUUACGAGACGUGUUGCUCUUACCGAGGUGACCAACGCGUCCGCGUCAGGAGUCAACACAAAGAAAAGGGGACAACGCAAAGCACGUGGAGCUCACCAAGCUAAAGCGGUGGAGUUGGUUCAAGUUAAAGCAACAGCAACAGAUGCCCUUCUUCCGCUUUCAGAAGCAUCAGAAGAUGUGUCCAUGAAAGAUGAAGAGGAGGUGCAACUGUGCCAGGCUUUCUCCAACGUGCUGCUCACUGUGGAUGAUGUGGACGAGAAUGAUGCUGACAUGCCCCAGCUGUGCUCUGAAUACGUGAAGGACAUCUACAAAUAUCUGCACCACCUGGAGGCAGAGCAGCCUAUACGUUCUAACUACAUGCUAGGUUACGAAAUCACUGACUCCAUGCGAGCACUUCUCAUCGACUGGAUGGUCAAGGUUCAUUCCAGGUUCCAGUUGCUGCAGGAGACCUUGUAUCUCUCUGUUGCCAUCCUCGACCGGUUUCUCCAGAUCCAGCCAGUUUCUCGUCGAAAGCUGCAACUUGUCGGUGUGACUGCAAUGCUGGUUGCCUCAAAGUAUGAGGAGUCGUAUCCUCCGGUCGUGGGAGACUUUGCCUACGUCACGGACAGCGCGUUCACCAAUGCUCAGAUUUUGGAGAUGGAGCAGCUAGUUCUGAAGACCCUCAACUUUCAGCUCGGUCGUCCUCUUCCGCUACACUUCCUCAGGAGAGCUUCAAAAGUGGCGAAUUGUGACACGGAAAGGCACAUGCUGGCCAAAUAUCUGAUGGAGCUGACCCUCAUUGAUUACGAAAUGGUGCAUUAUCGCCCAUCUGAGAUUGCUGCUGCGGCUCUGUGCCUCUCUCAGCUGCUGCUGAAUGGACUGCCUUGGUCACCCACACAAGAACACUACUCGACGUAUGACGAGGCCCACCUGAAGCCCAUCAUGCAGCACAUGGCCAAAAAUGUUGUGAAGGUAAAUGGCAGCAAGUUCCAGGCUGUCAGGAACAAGUAUUCAAGCAGCAAGUUGAUGAAGAUCAGCCUCAUUCCGCAGCUCAAGUCGUCACUAAUCAGCAACAUGGCAGCUGCUCUCAAUGCCCCUUGAACUUUUUCUAUUUUUUUUUAACUUUCCCAUGCACUUUAUCUUAAUUUUAAGAAUCCAAAUCCUUUUUAUCUCAGAUUUUUUUUAAAUAACUGAGUCAUUGUUUGGGAGUUGUCUUGAUGAUGCAUGGUUAUGUAACAUUGCCCCGUCCUUUUGACAUUAAAGUGACCUGUUCUCUAUGCA